AUGGUUUUGCACAGUACAUUUGUGAUCUUUCUGGCGAUCGUCGUACUCGCAUGCGUAACAGAGGCUCUCAUUUAUCAGUGUGAUCAUUACGGCAAAGAUGGCCAAUAUAGCUCUCGCCACUGUACCCUACACAGUUUGCAAAUUGUGCACGAUGCGGAAGAUGUGGACUUCACGUCUGAGUAUCCCCGUCCCUAUUAUUUUGAUUUCCAGGAGUCGAAAAUGGAUGAAAUUCCGCGCGCACUGUUCACAGCGUUUCCCGAGAUGCAAACCAUCGACUUUGAGAACACGGGCAUCGAGACAAUCAACAAGUUUACGUUCGAGAAGGCAAAACAGUUGCGUAAUCUAUAUCUAUCUCGCAACCGGCUGAUGGUGCUAAACAACCUCAUCUUCAAGGGUUGUGAUCUGUUGGAGUGGAUCGAUCUUUCCCACAACCGUAUUAAGGAGAUAAAGGAGAAAGCGUUCUACGACAUACCGACGCUAACACGGCUGGAUUUGACUAACAACCGGUUAGAGACACUACCAGAGACAGUAUUUGCCGAUUUACCGAGCCUAGCUGAUCUGAAGCUGAGCGGAAACCUGCUAACCACGCUUGGUGCGCGAAUAUUCGACCACAGUCGUCUAAUAUCUUUGGGGUUGAACGACAACCGACUGCAAGCAAUCCAUCUGAACGACACAUUUAAAUCGUGGCAGGUAGUGCGGCUGCGAGGAAACUUCCUAAAAAGCGUAGUGCUGCCUUCCACCCCUAUGCUGAUCGAUCUAGCGCAGAACAACCUAACAACGAUUGAGAUCCCCGGCGAAUAUAAUGCGAUACACACGCUCGAUCUGUCCCACAACCUGUUAACCGAUGUUGGUAACAUUUCCAAACUGACGAAUCUGUAUAAGUUGGAUUUGUCGUUUAACGCACUGCAAGCCUUACCGCUGACCAUCUUCUUGAAGAUGCAGUAUCUUGGAAUGCUUAAUCUGGAGGCAACCAAUCUGACGGCACUGGAACACGGCAUCUUCUCGCAGCAGUCCAAUCUGACCGUGCUGGAUGUAUCGUUCAAUCGAUUCAAGACACUCGACCUGACCGUGCUGACGGCCGCUACGAAACUCGAAAAAUUGCAAAUCGAUGGUAACAAUCUGUCCAGCAUACAGUACCAUCGCCUGCCAGCCAUGUUUCCUUCGCUCAACUAUCUCGGAUUGUUCGCAAACGCUUGGAACUGUUCCUAUCUGGUAGAUAUGGUGCAGUUUUGUCGACAACAUGCGAUCCUGGUUAACCCGUUGAAAGCUUACGCCACCACGCUGGACACGUCCAAUGUACAGGGUAUCUACUGUAAGAGUUCCCAGGAAUCAAUUCUUCCCGCGGUAGCUCCAAUAGAUCACCCAAUGGGCACGGAAUCACCAGCAGAGUUAACGAUCGACCAUCUGCUACAAAUGAUUAAUGAAAUGAACCGUACAACGGAACAAUUGAUGCAGCAGAUGGUACAAACGAUUCGUCAACGUCCUGGUGAUAGUGGAGUUGUUGGUGGAGCGAGCCCAGCGAUAGUGACCGCAUCCUGCACCGAACUUCACGCGUACAACUAUCAGGUGUUUAUUCUGCUCAUUCUCUCCAUAAUACUGAUCAUCAACGUAGGUUUUCUGCUGUGGGUGCAGCACAAUGCGAACGUGCGACGGGCCGUCGAUCGUAUGAUCAUCUUCCGCCGCGAACAAGGCGCCUCCAUUCAAACUGAACUACAUGAGGAAAUUUGA